AUGCUAAAAUAUUCGUCACGGUUGAUCUAUAAGACGUUGCCUUCUGUGUCUAGCUCUGCGUCGAUUUCACUAUCAGCCGCGAGGAAAGCAUCGAAUGAAAGAGAGCAAGAAUAUUCGGUACCAACAAGGGAUAAUAAAGGCAAGGAUUUAGAGAAAACGCAAGUUAAAGUGGCGAUUGAAAAGCCAAAACAACGAGCGAUUUUCGACAGUCAGACGCGCGAUGUGCCUAUAAAUCUCAAUUUUCCGAAUCCACGAGGAAGGGAUGACUGGGAUCCUGAGACGACCUUAAAGGAAUUUGUUGACGAGGCACCGGGGGUUUUAAAAACGCAUACAAAGAUGUUGGCUGGUGAAAUCAAAGAUACCAUUUUAUCCGCCGACGUUGAGCAUCCAGAAAUCAUGGAAGAUAUCGGCCAUGUGAGACAUAACGAGGCUCGUGUAGAAUAUCGAUUUAAUAACGAAGAGGCGUUAAAACUUUGGCGUACCGGCUGUGACUCGGAUUAUUCAGAGGGAUUUUCAAAAGUAAACUGGCAGCUAUCGGAUCAUGAAACGGCAAUCUUCAGUGGCAAUAUUAACACAUCACUGCUGAAAGAUGGAAAAGUGGAAAGAGCGGGUUGGGCAUCGAUAAAGUUGGAGGAUAAGAAAGCAUUCAUGCGAAAGAAGUAUUUCAAACGAUGGAGAAAUUUCACGCAUUUGCUGGUUAAGUGCCGAGGAGACGGUCGAUCGUAUAAAGUUAUGUUACAUGCUCCUCAGACAAUCGACAUAACAUGGGGCGAUUCAUGGUCAUUCCCACUGCACACUCACGGAGGUCCCUAUUGGCAAUAUGAAAAGAUCCCGUUCUCGAAAUUCUUUCACACUGUCGCCGGGAGAAUUCAAGACAAACAAAUUCCUGCGUUCAUCAGCGACGUGAGCUCGGUCGGAAUCGUUUUGAUGGAUAGAAUGGAUGGGAGAUUUCAAUUAGAACUAGACUACAUUGGAGUUUGGAAUGAUUGGACGCAUACGGAGAAAUUCGCCUACGAGACCUAUGUGAUACCGAUGUUCAACACGCAUACUUUU